AUGCGCGUCGACGCGGCGCGCGCGCGCGCGGCGACGCGCGCGGACGCGAUGGCGUCGAGGUGCCGACUCGGACGACGCCCGGAGGGUUCGCGCGGUGCGACGACGCGCGCGCGGCGCGCGCGGCGCGCGAGAUGGGUCGAGUGCGCGGUGACGGACCCGCCGGUGACGCGCGAGGCGGUCAGGACGUCGGACGUGGAGCUGUUCGAGGGGAAGAAGCGAUUGCAGACGCAGGCGACGGCGCUCGGCGAGGGCACCACGCUGAUACGGUCGCUCGAUUGGGAUCGCGAUCGGUUCGACAUCGAGUUUGGGUUGGAAAAAGGGACGACGUAUAACUCGUACAUCAUUCGCGGCGCGCCCGGGACGGCGGCGCUGAUCGACGCGAGUCACGAAAAGUUUCGGGAGUUGUACAUGAAGACGCUGACUGGAGAAAUCGACCCGCUGGAGAUCAAGUACGUGGUGUGCUCGCACACCGAACCCGAUCACUCGGGAUUGAUCGGAGACGUGCUGAAGAUUGCGCCGAAUGCGACGGUGCUCGGGAGUAAGGUGUGCUUGGCGUUCUUGGAGAAUUUGAUUCACGAGCCGUUCGAGUCGAGGGUGGUCAAGGGGGGCGACGUCGUGGAUUUGGGCGACGGACACGAGCUGAAGUUUAUCAUGGCGCCCAACUUGCAUUGGCCGGAUACGAUGUUCACAUACGAUCCGAAGUCACGAUUGAUGUACACGUGCGACGCGUUCGGGUCGCAUUAUUGCAGUGAGGACCCGUUCGACGGGGACUUGAGCGCGUUGAUGCCGCACUAUCGUUUCUACUACGAGUGUUUGAUGAAACCGAACGCUCGAUCGGUGCUCACGGCGCUUCGCAAGUGCGAGUCCGAAGGCGCAGAUUUUGUGGGCAUUUGUAACGGCCACGGACCGUUGCUGCGGUACAACGUGGACGAACUCGUGGGGGAUUACAAGAAAUGGAGCGAGAGCGCGUUGGCCAAGGCCAAGGCAAACGUGGCGGUAUUUUACACCGCCGAGUACGGUUUCAGCGAUCGACUUUCGCAGUCCAUCGCGCGCGGGUUGACGAAGACCGAAACAGAGGUUGUCAUGAUGGAUUUAUUGUCCGCAGAUUCUCAAGAACUCGUCGAAACGACGAAGCACGCGGCUGGCAUCGUCUUGCUUUCGCCGCCGCGCGCCGGUCCAGCCAACGAGCAGCUCGCCAACAUCAUCGGCGCCGUGGACGCCAAGCAAAAGUUCUUCAUCGCGGAAUCGUAUGGUGGUGAAGACGAGCCCGUGGACUUGUUGGCGAAGAAACUCGCCGAGCUCGGCGUUACCGAGGCUUUUUCGCCCCUCAAGGUGACGAGCGACCCGACCGAGGGCACGUAUCAAUUGUUCGAAGAGGCUGGCACCGAUUUGGGUCAACUUUUGACGAAGAAGAAGACACUGGCGGACAUGAAGAGCGCCAUGUCACCUGACGUCGCCAAGGCGCUCGGUCGUGUCAGUGGAGGCUUGUACGUCGUCACCGCCGCGCAGGGCACCGCGCGUUCGGCGAUGAUCGCGUCUUGGGUCGCCCAAGCCUCGUUCGAACCUCUCGGUUUUACCGUCGCGGUGGCGAAAGAUCGCGCCAUUGAAUCACUGAUGCAAGUCAACGACACGUUUGUCCUGAAUUGCCUUCCCGAGAACGGCUUCGAACCGUUAAUGAAGCACUUUCUGACGCGAUUCCCACCCGGCGCCGACCGCUUCGAGGGCGUGGAGUGGGCGCCUGCCAACUGCGGCGCGCCCAUCCUCGGCGACGCCGUGGCGUUCAUGGAGUGCCGAGUGGUGUCUCGAAUGGAAGCCAACGAUCACUGGAUCGUGUACAGCGAAGUUUUCAACGGUAAGGUGUUCAACCAAGACGUACGAACGGCGUCCCAUCAUCGCAAAGUCGGCUCUUACUACUGA